UUCAGCCCCUCGUCCUCACCGCAUUCCGUCGCACCCCACCAAGAGACCCGACGUUUCAAUGAAGCUUCCCUACGGAAGGCCAUUUCAUGAACUACGUAGGCGAUUUCUUCGCCCCUUAUGGAUGUAUGAUCGCCAUAUUGGGAGGGUUUCGAGCCGGCGAUGUGUCCCUCGGAGUUGGGCAGAGAAUGAUUAAUGACCGCUCAAUGAGACAGUACUCAGUUGCAUCAUAGCGUCCGAGUCGUACGCCAGGGCCCAGGGGUGGUAUAUAAGGGGUGGGCUUGCAGCAUCCACUUCAUCACCCCCAGCCUCUUAAGCUUCAUUUAAACCCCAGUCAAAGCUCAAUUCCAAGCAGUCAAACAACCAGCGACAUGUCUCUCCCCCAGCGCACAAUUGGCAAGCACACCAUCUCCGCCAUUGGGUAUGGAUGUAUGGGCCUAUCGGCCUUCUACGCAAAGCCUCUCCCGGACGAGGAGCGACUCCAGAUUCUGGACGAAGUGUACAAGAGAGGCGUCACGCACUGGGACACCGCGGAUGGCUACGGCGACUCUGAAGAGCUUCUCAGGAAAUGGUUUACACGCAGUGGCAAGCGCUCUGAGAUCUUCCUUGCCACCAAGUUCGGCCUUCGCUCUGGCGUUCCCGGGAGAAUCGUCAACGGUGACCCGGCGUACGUCCGUCAAGCAAUCGAGCGGUCUCUGCAACGGCUAGGUGUAGACUCCGUUGAACUCUACUACCUCCACCGUGCUGACCCUGACGUUCCAAUUGAAAAGACGGUUGAAGCAAUGGCCGAGCUUGUCAAGGAAGGCAAGGUCAAGUACCUCGGCCUCUCCGAAAUUUCCGAGUCCACCCUCCGUCGCGCCCACGCCGUGCACCCCAUCACCGCCAUCCAGGUCGAGUACUCUCCCUUCACGCUCGACAUCGAGGACCCGAAGAUCGGGCUCCUCAAGGCUGCACGCGAGCUCGGAGUCGCCGUCGUCGCAUACGCGCCACUCGGGCGUGGCCUGAUCACUGGCGAAUACACGAAGCCAGAGGACUUCGAAGAGAGCGACUACCGCCGUGCGAUCCCCCGCUACAGCCACGAGAACUUCCCCCGGAUUCUCAAACUCGCUGCCGGCCUCAAGGCGAUCGGCGAGCGACACAACGUGACGGCCGGCCAGGUCGCGCUCGCCUGGCUUCUGGCGCAAGGCCCCGACGUGUUGCCCAUCCCUGGUACCACAAAGCUCCACCGUCUGCACGAGAACCUCGGCGCGGCCAGUCUGAAGCUCACCGCCGAGGACAUCGUCGAGGUGCGCAAGGUUGCCCAGGAGGCGGACACGACGCAGGGGGAACGGUACCCGCCGCACUUGGCGCAUACACUCUUCGGCGACACGCCAGCGCUCGAGGGUUGGGUCGCGUAAACACCUGCCGAGGUACCGGUGGAGAGCUCGUACAGCAAGGACAACUGGUAAAGUGCAUACUCUGUGCGAACCUUGUACUUGUGAUCAUUGCAGUGAUGAAACAUCACUGGGAAUAUCACUGGUCAUGUCAUGGUGCGCGACGUAGGAUUCUGU